GGAGACAGAGACGCGCACAGAGAACGCUGAGGCCACAUUAACCGAAUCUGCACCAGCCAAGUAAAUAUCGGCUUCGUUAUUUCUCAGACUUUCUCCAGGUUGCUUGGGUAACAGGUAAAGAAUACAGGCAAUGUUCAGUCCUAAACUGGCCACCGACCGAGAAGGAUUUAUCGACAUGGCCUCGAUUUAGGACCUUACAGCUUCAGCAUCAUUAUUAUCUGAGGGUACUGGAUGUCCCCUCCCCCACCACCCCAUUUACGAAUGGUCCGGGAUUAAGGCGUCUUUUCUUCCGUACAAGAUAAACAACAACAACAACAACAAGCAAAUUCCAGUGCACGGACGGAUAUUUAUCACGUCCCGGCAUUUGUCGAGGUCAGACUGCGUUGCGUUGUUUGUCGCGAGGUGAUGCACACAGCUGAGCACGGGGUCUCGCGCGCUCACGCCAACCGAAGCUGUCCGUGGUGCUGAAGGCGGCUGAGACGAAGCUCCGAGGAGUAUGGCCGCCGGCAAGCUGCUGCUAUAUGCCGGUCUCUCUCUCUCCCUCUGCGCACUAGGUAUGCUGGCCGUGGCCGUGUGCUCCGACCACUGGUACGAGACGGACGCCAGGCGCUAUCGAGAGCGGUGCCGAAGCUUCUCGAGCCGCCGCAAGGACCCGGGUUUCAUCUACAUCCCCAACAACAGCCUGCCUCUGCGCGCUAGCCGCUCGCGACUCGACCGCUGGGAAGGCAAGCUGCUCGUGACGCGCAACCGACGGCAGCUUUUCGCCAUGAGUGCCGCUGACGAGUGCAGCCGCCAAUAUAACUCCACCAACAUGGGUCUGUGGAGCAAAUGCCACCGCCUCGGGUUCGACCAGGACAUCGAGGACCUGAUUCGAAAAGGUUCUAUUGCACGAUGCUCCUACAUCAAGUACCACUAUUCCUCAGCCACGAUACCCAAGAAUCUGUCCUAUAACAUCACCAAGACCAUCCGACAGGACGAGUGGCACUCCUUGCACCUGCGCAGGAUGACGGCGGGCUUCAUGGGCAUGGCUGUGGCCAUUAUCCUUUUCGGGUGGAUCAUUGGCAUGCUCGGCUGCUGCUGGGACCGGGGCCUCAUGCAGUAUGUGGCAGGUCUGCUCUUCCUCAUGGGCGGUACCUUCUGCAUCAUCUCGCUGUGCACCUGUGUAGCAGGAAUUAAUUUUGAGCUUUCCCGCUAUCCACGCUACCUGUAUGGGCUCCCGGAUGACAUCAGCCAUGGUUACGGCUGGUCCAUGUUCUGUGCCUGGGGAGGCCUGGGCCUGUCGCUCAUCGCUGGCUUUUUCUGCACGCUGGCUCCCUCCGUUCAGCCGAUCCCACGCUCCACCUGCCCCAAAUCCCGGCAAGAAAACGGCACGGUGUGUUAAGUGGAGGCUUCUGACAAAGCCACCGUGCGGCUGUGUGCUGAGUGAAAAACAUACAAACAAUAAGACGACUGAUUAUCCAAAACCAUACGUUUGUUCCCCCGAGUCAUUUCUGAUCUCACCAAUCAAACGCCAUUUUGUGUGACUUUGCAAAUAAGAAUUUUGAUCGUUCCAUGACAAAAAAAAAAGGAUGAAAGUGUCAGUGUGUUUUUGAGAUAUGGAAAUGGAGAUACCACACAGGAAGACUUUACUUUCAGGAUUAUUAUCUUUUUUCCCAUGAGAACAUUGAGCAGAGCAGCAUGAAACGGCGACUAACGGAGACUUGUUCAUCAGUAUGUGAAAAUACAGCAGCAUGAAACUUGAAAGGUGUGUAAGAGUUUCUAGCUGUUCUUAGUUGUCUCUUUAUUGCUAAAUUGGUGCUUUUGGGGUUGCUAAAAAAAUCCCUAUAGUAUAUGUGUUUUGUGUUUGAAGAGCUACAGAACUGGAUACGGUGCCAAUCUAUGUCUAAGGAAAGUAACAGUGCAAAUGACAGCAGAAACAGUUUGGACCAAUGGAUUCUGUGACACAAAUACACCUAGUUCUAGUGAACUGAAACAGCACUGGAUACUGGACGCAAAACACAGCCACAAGUCGUUUGGUCUGCAGAAAAGAUAUCAGUAUGGUUAGAGAACAUAUGGAGGAACGGUUCCAGUAUCUCUACACUGCUAUAUUGCAAUUGUAAAGAAUAUUCCAGAACAAAUCAUGACCAUGAUGGAGGUUUGGGAGAGUUUCAUUUCUUCCAUCAUCCAACAGGAUUGUUUGAAUAUUUUUAACAUGGUAGUCCACCUCUAUUUUUUUGUCUGCUUGAUUUUUUCUGCCAUUAACACGCACCAGGGAUGGAUGUGAGUGUAUACGUGUGUAUCUGUCCUUUAAGUGUCCAUAUUGCUCUUAUGGAUUCAUGUUUAGGUGAGAGGGUGGGUUCAGAUUCUGUAGAGAAAAUGAUGGAGGGACAACAGUGUCAGAAAAAAAUCAAAUGCCGUAAACUUUCAACUCAAUAGGUUAGCUCUUUGAUAAACAGAAAAAAAGGAUCAAAAAGGAAAGAUGCCAUAUCUUGUCAGAAAAGAAGAAAGCACAGUUUUCCUAGAGACAAUGACAACUCGGCAUCACAGGAGCUGUCUGUGAGAUGGCACUUAUUCCAUUUGAUGAGGAAGAAGCCUUUGUUCGAAGCGAGCUUCCUGUUAUUGUGACGCCCCAUUUUAACGGGCUCAUUAAAAAGACACAGUGUUUGCAUGCUUCUUAAUUACAAGAGACAUUAGUGACAGAAAUCGUUGCACCUUCUUAAGAAAAAGCUUCUGAAUAGAGGCGGGAGUGGCCAUCAUAUAAAGCACAAGCUCAAUGCAACCUAUAAGGCCUGAACACUGUUGGGCCCUUACCCCAAUCCGGAUCAAGCCGUGAUGCUCACACUCAUCAUCUCGCAUUGCAUUCAAUUUCAUUUUCCUCAGUAUCAAUUAUUAACGUCCUUAGAGAACCAUGUAGUGUAUCUAAAAAGCUCAAUCCCAUCUCAGAGAAAGUGUCCUCAGUCUCAGCCUGGCCUAAUUGUAUUGUGCCACUGUUUUUGGAGUCUCUCAUGUCUAGAAUCAAUCUGAAAUGCUAGGUUAUGGUCCCUCAGUCAGUCAUUAUAGGACUUAUGCAGACCUGCCAACCCUGAAAAAGAAGAAGAGGAAGAAGAAGAAGAAAAGGGUUAGUGUUAUGGUUUUUACAUGCAAAAAGCAGUCUAUCCUCUUCUGGGUGACACCAGAUUAGUGAAUAGGAGUCAUUAUUCUUACAAUAGUUACUAUAAAAUCUAACAGUACAGAGUGUGUUGACUGGACCUUCAGUCUGAGGGUCGUUAUUGAUAUCAGGUCCUAACUUAAAAUAAAUUUUAGCAGAAAGUCUCAGGAGAAGAAAUGUUGGUGCAGCCCCAAUAAAUACAGUUAACUGUUGUUAUCUAUAUGUUAGCUAAGCCAAACAUAUACUGAUAGAUUUAAUAAUAGUAAUGAACUCAAAAUGUUGUCUGUAAGCUUGAUUGAAGGUGAGGAUGACACAUUUUACAUGCAAGAAAUCAAGUUGAGAGGAAAAACUUCAUACUAAAUAUUAAUCAGAUGAGAUCAGGUGGAAGUUAAUGUCAGGAGAGAGUCCAAAACCUACACAAUUAGUCAAUCAUUUCAGAGAUAUAUAGUGGAAAAAAGACAGGUUUGGGUGAUAUUUCGUGUCCUGGUGCACUUUGAUGUGAAAAUACCUACACAAAUUGCAGAAAUGCUGGCAGGUCUGCUAAUGCAGGUGAACAAAAUAUGGUAGAACAUGGGUAGUUUGGGUCUUCGUUCAUCUGAGCUCUGUGGUCUGGAAUGUAAAGAGAUUUGGAUGCAAAAUGUUAACACAGUUAGCUAUGAAAUUCCAUUAAGCCAACCUAUAGGACCCAGAUGGAAACCCAUGUCUCUGAUUACUAGCUUCCCACAACUGCAAUGAUGUAUGGAAAUCUGGUCUCAAAGGAAAAUUGUAUAAGCCCAUCUGGUCUUAUAUAAGAUGGUGUUCCUGGAUACACUUGAAAGGAAAAAAAUAUUUAGGCUAUUUCAGUCUGCGAGGAUUACGCAACCAGGCAUUGAUAUAAACGGGGUCGCAUCCGUUCCUCACUGGUGAAAAGCUUUUUCCCAUCAUUUCUUAUCCGGAGGCUGCAGGCCAGCACCACUACAUCUGCAUUAUCAUAGCUAGAAAACAUACAUCAUACAUCAGACAAAUCUCCUUUUUCAUGAACAUCAGUGACUUUUCUUUUUAAAAAGCAUGUAGUCAGUAUAGCUUCACAUGACAUAGGGUUCAAGUGAAUUAAUCAAUUAAUUAAAUGUGGACAUUUCAGACGCUUAACACAGAUCAGGCCAACAUAGUAAACAAUUUUUACCUUUAUCUCAACAACCCAAAGUACAUUCAUUGCAGAUGGUAAUAUUUCUGAUUCUACUUUACUGAAGCAACUAUUUUAUUAAAAAGAGAAAUAUUCAGGCAUUAUUGGACGUUCAGAUCAAAGCUGUGUUUAUUAAACCAACAUGGGAAAAGAAUCUUUAGACAUAUCAUGUCAUCACUCCAUCCAACUAAUGUCUGUGUUUACAUGAAAGCAGCCAAACAUGCGUAUUGUGUCUUUUUGUUUAAAGAACAAGCAUUUGGAUGUUUGGGUAUAGCAUUUUGAGUGAGUGGGAAUAUAUUUUUUCCUCCGUGUUGUAAAAUAGUAGCAGGAUAACAGAAACUGCAACUUUCAUUUUUAUGAGAAUUAAAAAUCUAUGGACUUCUCGAAUUUUUUUCAUCCGUAAUGUGUCUGUUGCAUAAAUCCAAAAAAUGUACAAAAAAUGAAGAAAAAAAAAAAUCCUGAAAUGUUAAAACUGUGGAAUGUAAAACCAUAAAAUAAAAUGUCAUUGGUGUG